UGUGCAUUUUCUAUUAAAACAAAAAAAAAAAAAGAAACCAUCAACCAAAGUCAAAAGAACAAAAAAAAAAAAAGAACUGUUCAAGAGAUUUUGAAAGAGCGGGUGCAACCAUCGCAACACAACGAAACACGUGUGUGGCUAAAGAGAAAAGGAACACCCGCCCAAGAAGAACAAGAAGAAGAAAAAACUUUAAACCAUCAUUAUCAUUGUAAUCAUAAUUACGAUAAUAAUAAUUUCUUGUUGGAAGUUUGGGUUAACAUAAACUGGAGGGUCGAACAAUAGAAUACCGACCCGGAGGAGGGUUGGACUAUCAUCAUAGCUCACCUUUAAUGGCAGAAAUUCCAACUAGCGACUAUUUGCAUCGGUCCAUUGAUCAAUUGCGUUCGAUGAAUGAGCGUGGUGUUUUAAGUUCGCUGGGUCAUUUGACUUCGGCUGAUUUACGCAAUGCCACAUUGGUCCAUGAUUAUAAACCAUUUAAUAUAAAUGAGUUUCGUCAGAAUGUAGAAAGGUUGGAUUAUUCGAUUAAAGUGGAACGUGGAAGUGUACAGCAACAACAACAACAGCAGCAGGAUUUGAAUAAUACUGGUGGAGAGUCAUCUGCGGGUGGCGGUGGCGGUGGUCGACAGGAUCACACACCACAGCAGCAACAACAACAGCAGGUGCAGCAGAUAGAUAUGAAACAAUCGUACAGUUCACCAUCUUCGCCACAAACUCCGUUGUCCGAUGGGCAGGAAAUCAAAUACAAUCCCAAAUCAGAGAUGUUAACGGCUCGUGACACAAAACCCUAUAAAUGCAGUCAAUGCAUCAAAACAUUUGCCAAUUCCAGCUACCUGUCCCAGCACGCACGCAUUCAUCUCGGAAUCAAACCAUAUCGUUGUGAAAUAUGUCAACGCAAAUUCACCCAAUUAUCCCACCUGCAACAACAUAUUCGUACUCAUACCGGUGACAAACCAUACAAAUGUCGUCAUCAGGGCUGCCAAAAAGCCUUCUCACAGCUCUCUAAUCUUCAGUCGCAUUCACGCUGCCACCAAACUGACAAACCAUUCAAAUGCAAUUCAUGCUACAAAUGUUUCACCGAUGAACUCACCUUGCUUGAGCACAUACCCAAGCACAAAGAUUCGAAACACCUCAAAACGCACAUAUGCAGCUUUUGUGGCAAAAGUUACACACAAGAGACAUACCUGCAGAAACAUCUGCAAAAACAUGCAGAAAAAGCCGAAAAACAGCAGAAUCGCAAUUCAGCAGCCACAAAUGGCACAGCGCUGGCUGCUGGCCUAGGGCUGAAUAUCAAUCGAAAUAUCGUCAUGAAUGUGGCGGCAGCAGCAGCGGCUGCAAAUAGUGAACAUCCUUACUGGCCGAAAGUAAGUCCGGAAAGUGCGGCUGCAACUCUAGCUGAGGCUAUCCAACAACAGCAACAACAACAACAGCAGCAACAACAUCAACACCAACAACAGCAGCAACAGCAACAACAGUCGACUAAUGGCUAUGACUUUUCUUUGACACCGCAGCAACAAAACGAUCUGCAGAACCAUCAACGUGCUUUGUUGGAACACCAUAGAGCGAUAGUGAAUGGUGGAGGUGGUGGAAGCGGAGGUGGAAGUGCUGGUAACACUCAAAGCGGCAACGAUGACGGUGGCGAAGACUUGGUUAUUACCCGUCAGCCACAACAUCAGCAGCAACAACAACAACAGCAGCAACAGCAACAACAAUCCUCACCAAACACAAUCGUUGUGGUUAGUUCGUACGAAGGAACUGGGUCGAAAGCUGCCACAAACUCGGCGUUUACCCCCAUCAAUACGAUUGCUCCGCACUUGAAUGCUCUAACUCAUCAUGCGGCUGCGCAGAGGCCUUACAUUUAUGACGCUCUACAAUUCCAAUCUGUAGCGGCGUCGGCGAAAACUGCUGGAGCUGUUAUAAAUCAAAAUAUCGGAGGCGGUACUACGAAUAGUUUCCCAAAUCAAUUGAUAUCUCUACACCAGAUUCGCAACUAUGCCCAUCAACCAGGAACAACUGCUGGUUUGUUGACCGCUGGAGAUCAUCUUUUAAGUAUUGGUGUGCCCGCUGGAGUCAAGGAUAAAAAUCAAUAGUAUAUUUUGAUAACUCGGCGUGAUUUAUAGAAAGUAACAGAAAUUAAAAGCAGUAAUAGUAGUAGAUGAUGAUGAAGAAAAACAAAACAAAAAAGUAAGGAAAUCUCUCGACCUCAGGAUUUAGCAUAGCCACGACUUUUUUCUCUGUUUUAUAUAUUUUUUUCAAUAUUUUUUUUUCUUAUUUUACCUUUUGACUCAUUCAAUGCGUAGGAGAUUCUUUUUUUCUUUUCAAUUGUAGUUGGCAUUUGCAAUUUUGUAUAAUUUGAUUGAUUUUUUUAGAGGUAAAUCAAAGUUAAAUGCACAAAUUUUGUAUUUUAAGGAUUUUAAUCAGAGUGUUUGAGUUUUUCUAUUGAAAUGAAAGAGUUCUACAAUUUUUAUAACAAAAAUGUCUCUUAAGACCUCGACUUGUUCGUUUUUCACUAAACAACAAUAAAAACCAAUCAAAUUAUACAAAAUUUAAUUACCAACAAAUUUUUUCAUUAAUGUGUAUAAUAUAAAUAAUAAUGUAGAAAUGUAGAUUGUUCUUCUUCUUUUUUUUAUAAUUACCAUAAGAACCUAAAAAAACAAAAGAAACCGUAUACUUAUUUAGUUGUAUGUAUAUCGAUUUUAUUUUAUAGUUUAUAUCGAUGAAAAACAAAAAAGCAAAAAUAAUGUCUCUUAAAAACGUUAAAUAAAACAUCAGUACAAAGUACUGUAGCUGUAUUAUUAAACAAUAAAUUAUAUAAACAAAAAAAAAGAGAACAAAUUAUUAAUUAAUAAAAAUAUGUAAUAAUAAAUAUUUAGCUGCCACAAAUUUACAAGAAACAAAAAAAUAAUUAUAAAAUUAAAAAAAAAAAGUUUGUCACGAAUUUCAAAUUGACCAACAACGAAAAAUUUAUACAUAACAUACAUACAUUAUAUAUCGCUCUCUUUAUACCUUCUUUUUUACAUUAAAUUUCCCAUCUUUAAUUCGACAGAUUUUUUUUCAAAUAUCUGUCGAAUUGACGUUAAGGGGAAAUUUUUUGUACUACCACAACACAAUAAAUUAUUGUUCCCCAUUUCGAAAUGAAAUUUUUUUAUGUAUUGAAAAUUAUAACUUUUUUAAAUGGGGAUAUUUUAUUGUUGAGCAAUAUGAAAUUUUAGACAACAUUUAGAUUUAAGACAACUAAUUUA